AUGGCCGGCCGCAAACGCAAAGCAACGAGCACCCUGCCUCCCCAACCCGCCCCCUCGCGCCGCCAGUCCGGACGCGCAAAGAAAGCGCGAGUCGUCUACGCCGAAUCCGACGCUGAGGACGCAUCCGCAUCGGACGACUUUCACGCUGCGGAAUCCGAGUCCGAAGCCGACAUAUCUGGCGCCGAAAUCGACGAGCCCGAAGAAGAGGAGGACGGCGGCGGCAGCGGGGAGAGCGAAGUCGAGGUCGCAAAGAAGACGACGGCAAAGGGAUGGAGGAAAACGGUGCUUGCGGACGGGCGCACACGCAUGGAGAUUGAUCUGCCGAUUGCGAAGGACGCGGGGGACACGCCGUACGAGGAUGGGCGGCUGCAUCCGAAUACGCUGGCCUUCCUGGGGGAGCUGAAGAGGAAUAAUAGGAGGGAGUGGUUGAAGUUCAACGAUGUCGUGUUUCGGCAGGCAGAGAAAGACUUUCAGUCUUUCGUCACCGAGUUAUCGUCUGUUAUCUGCGAGAUAGAUCCUACGAUCCCCGAACUCCCUGUUAAAGAUAUCAUCUACCGCAUCCACCGCGACAUGCGCUUUACGACUGAUCCGACGCCGUACAAAUCAUAUUUCUCUGUUGCGUGGUCCCGAGCUGGGAGGAAGGGGCCGUACGCGCAUUACUAUCUGCAUGUCCAGCCUGGAGGGGAGAGUUUCAUGGGCGGUGGGUAUUUUGGGUGCGAUGCUGAGACUUUGGCGUGCUUGAGAGAGGACAUUGAUACGCAGCCGCAUCAACUCAAGUCUAUACUCAUGGAGGAGAAGUUGCGGACGACGUUUUUCCCGAAAGUCAAGGCGGAGGAGGGGAAGAUUGUGAAGGCGUUUUGUGAGGGGAGUAAGAGGGAUGCUUUGAAGAAGAAGCCGAAGGGGUUUGAUGCGGAUCAUAAUGACAUUGAGCUCUUAAAGCUGCGGAAUUUCGUCUUGACCAAGAAGCUGUCUGAUGCAGAUAUUGUGGGCAAGGACUCAUUGAAAGUUAUUGGUGAUAUCAUGGAAGCGAUCGAGCCUUUUAUUACGUACCUGAACCAUACGGUGAUGCCUGACAGGAGCUGA